CUCGGGUAGGGGCGCGCUGCGGCCCGCGGGCUCGCGGACAGAUGCUGUUCUCGCUGGUGCUGGGGGCUGCGCGCAGGGCCGCGCGCGCGUCCGUGGAGACAGCGCUCUGCGGAGGCGGUUUGAAGCUAAUUCAGGAAAGCCAUCACCAUUUUUGCACUGCUAUUUCUAAAAAUGUCACUUACAAGGAACUUAAAAACCUGUUGAAUUCCAAAAAUAUCAUGUUAAUUGAUGUUAGAGAAACAUGGGAAAUUCUUGAACAUGGAAAAAUUCCUGGGUCUAUUAAUAUACCAUUGGGUGAGCUAGGUGAGGCUCUACAGAUGAACCCGAGAGACUUUGAAGAGAGGUACCAUGAAGUGAAGCCAUCCACGUCUGACAGCCUAGUGUUUUCUUGUUUAGCUGGAGUGAGAAGCAAGAAGGCUCUGGACACAGCCAUAUCCCUGGGCUUUAGCAGUGCUCAACACUAUUCUGGCGGAUGGAAGGAAUGGGAAACCUAUGAAUUUUCAGAGAAGAAACAAGAAAAUUGAGUUUUGGAAUACAAAAGAUUCUUUGUGUACAUAAAGCCAAAGACAGUGGACUAAGCAAAAAGAAAAUCUAGUUCUGGCACCAAUGGUGAAUGGUGAGCAGAUUCUGUAUAACUAACUACCUGGUGAAUAUUCUUCUCAUCCUUAAACUGAAAAUACUGUUCCCCUGAGCACUUUCAAUGAUUGCUGAAGAAACCAAGCUUAGUGGGGCAUGC